CGCAUGUUGGUGUGGUGAGUGGCUCGAGUCUUGACAGAGCAAUGUUGACACGACCGAUCUGUGCUCGCGGUACGGCUGCUGCCGCUGCCGCGGCUAGGUACUCGCGUGCGGGCUGCCACGCUGCCGCGCCGCUCUUAUAUGCGCGGGCGACGAGUCAGCGCAGCCGUGCCCUCUCCAUGAGGGCUGUCGUCCAUUCGCCGGUGGAGACUGAUCCUGCGGCCGUGCACCCUCCAUUCGCGAACUACGCUCACGCCACGUCGGUGCCGCCGGCCUCUGUUUUUCUCUGCACGUCUGGGCAGCUCGGCAUCGCGCCCGACGGCUCCGUACCGGCGAGCGCCGAGGCGCAGGCGGCAAUUGCCUUUCAGAACAUCGGCGCCAUCCUCGCCGCCUCGGGCGCAGGCCUGCAGCACGUCGUGCGGCUGAAUGCGUAUGUGAGCGGGAGGGAGCACCUGCCAGGCUACAUGCGGGCGCGCGACGAGGCGCUGCGCGGGCUUCCGAAGACCGCCUCCACGCUGAUGGUCGUCUCUGGCUUUGCCCGCCCCGAGUUUGUCGUCGAGAUCGAGGCUCUCGCAGCCGUCUCCUCCUCCGCCGCCGCUUCUGCUGUCGCCUCUGCCGCUUCCUCCGCCGCCUCCGCCGCCUCCUCCGCCGCCUCCGCCGCUUCCGCCGCCUCCAGCGACGGCGGCAGAGGCGGCAGCGGCGAUAGCGCUAGCAGCCGCCACGUCCGUAGCAGCCGCCGCAGCAUCUCCGCCACCCCAGCCGCCGCCUCCGCCGUCCGUUCCGCGGCGCACGGACGGCGCAGCCUGCACACCCGGCCCGCCCCUCGCGGCGCCCAGUCGCGAGCCCUGCACGGUGAGCGCGCGUCGGCGGCGGCGGUGGCGGCGUACGUCGAAGACCUGCGCGGCUCGGGCGUCAAGGUGCUGGCGGGCGGCGACGGGCCAAACGAGGCGCGCGAGAUUGCCCGCCGUUCGCGCGACUUCUUCUGGUACUCUCCCCUCCUCAAGCCGCAACUCACCGGCCGCGUCGCCGACGCGCUCGUGCUCGCGACGAGCGAGGCUGACGUCGUCGCGUCGCUC